UGGAAGAGGAUGACGACAAUAUCGUUAUCAUUGUUGUUGCCGUCGUGUGCUCAAUGCUGGUCAUUGCGCUCAUUUUGGGAGCCGUUUUCUUUGUGCACCGCCGCAGAAAGCAGAGGGGUCACAAGGAAACAAGACCUGUGCUGCCUGACACCCUUGAGGAGACAGAAACGAUCAAAACACGAAGACCUAUCCUGAUUCGAACGUUCAGAAGAACUCUAUUACAGCUUCACAGAGAUUCAGACUUGCUGUUCCGGGCUGAGUUUCAGGACCUACAGAAGCUCAGCGCUAGACUUCCCCACGGGGAAAAACCGGUGGAUGAACUGCCCUACGUCAACGUUGACGGGAAACUGCACUCGGACAGUGAGACAAUGGACGUAUUCAAGGCCAACUACAUACAGGGCUAUAACUCUGUGCGGGAAUACAUCGCUGCCCAGAGCCCCAUGCCUUCCACUGUGCCGGACUUCUGGAGGAUGGUGUGGGAGCACAAGUGUAAGGUCAUCGUCAUGCUCUCAGACCACACCAAGGGGGUGAAGGGAAAAGAGAAAUCGUACUGGCCGAAGAACCUCGACGAAUCUGUUGAGUAUGGAGGCGUAGUGGUGAAAACGACAAAUGUUUCUCUGUUCAACAAAUAUACCAUGCGUAAAUUCCAGAUCUCCAUGGGUUCAGACACGCGCCAGCUGACCCACUUUUCCCUGCAAGGCUGGACUGACGCCAAGGCCGACUUGACAGUAGAUGAUGUGGUAGGCUUCGUCCAAAUUGUGCGACAGGAAGCCACACUAACGAAUUCUUGGCCAUUUGUCAUCCAUUGCAGCGCUGGUGUGGGUCACACUGGUACUUUUAUCACCCUGGACUAUUUCACUCAGUACGUGGACAAGCACAGUCUAGAUGAGAACAUGGACGUUUUCAGCUACGUCAUGAAGAUGAGGGAGAACUGUCCCGGUAUGGUGCAGAUGGAGACUCAGUACAUUUUCAUUUUUGAUGCACUGAUGGCCGUGAUACAGAAAAAGAUGACCGAGGAACAGGAAGGGCUCUAUGAAAGAAUUGAAGAGAGUGAAGAAGGCAGGAACCACAUUGCUCCCCUGGAGGAAACUCCACAUUAUUAUUCAAUCAUGUAGGUCUUCUUGGAUGUACCACUUUGCCUAUGACAGCAAAACUUUUGCUGGAUGAACUGGUUUUGUGGAUGCUCUGUGAGCACUCUUGUCUUGUCCUCUCCUUGCACUUCUUUUCACUCUGUUUUAUCCCCUGGUUUCUCCCAGCCAAGAUGGAGCCGCUAUUGCUCUGGCUUGCCAUAAGCUCUAACUUGCUACUUGAUGACAUAGCCAGGAGACUGUGAAAGUCCUUUCUUCUGCAAUCAGUUUUCUUCCACUAAGUAUAUCCUCUUCAUUUAAGUAAGGGAGAAAGGCGAAUAGACACAAUUGGUUGAUAGGCUGUCAGAGAGAUUAGUACGAUUUUUAUUCAAAUGUAAAAUGUUGAAAACAUUGUGGCAAGCUGUGUUUUAUAUUAUGUCAAUUUUGAUAGAAUAGAGAUAGUGAUAAUUUGUUACUUUCAGCUUUGAGUAUUGGUGACUGACAGGGGUUUUUUGUGUGUAAUAUUCAGUAUCUUGAAAGCUACCAAAGAUAACUAUUUUAAUUAUGUGUUGUUGAGUUGAGGUCUACGUAUACACUUAUGAAUCAAGUAUAACACCGAAGAUCCAGCAUAGGAGAAAAACAAAAUAUGUGUGUAGAUGUGUACAGCUUACAGCUUUUAAUUCUUUUGUUCUGCUUGCAUUCGUUUCUGCCUCUAGUUGUCUUCUAAUCCUGAUUAAAUCCAAUGAGUGUUAGCUAAUCCAUUCCUUGUGCUCCCAUUUCUUCACAUCGACUACUUCUUGACAUGUUGAAGAAAAGACUUCUCAAUGAGAUGGAAGGUAUUUCAAUGAUGGAUAUUUGACACGUGUGUGCUAGACAAGGAGCAAAUACAUUGUUCCCUGAAGAUCUAGUUUGAGAGGUUUCCAGGAAAGUGACCAAGUAUAGUCGAACCAGCUCUAAUACCGGAUGCCCCUUGCGGAUGGGAUUGGGUCGGAUCGGGUAGAUCACCAGACUCGUCCCCUGAAAACAAACGCGUUUGUUUUUUUGGCAACGAGUCAGGAAAUUGGUUGGUGCAACGAUAACAGCUUUGCACUUUCAGUCUAACUGGCAAACCGACCCGACCCAACCAAUAGCACCAAUGGGCACCCGGUAUUACGGCCACUUGUAUAAUAAUAUUAUAUUAUAUAUAUGAUAAACACCUGUACAAACACCACCCCCACCCCCACCCACUCCCCAUGUGUAUUUUUUAACAUGAUUAUGACACUGAGUAAGACAUCCACCCGUCUAAGUCGUUCGGGGGCUCUCGUGGCCUAGAGGUUAAGGUGUUGGCCUCUCAUUCAAAGGUCCCGGGUUCGAUUCCGGGUAGCG